AGGCAGGCAUUGCGUCGUGAUGAUUCGAUGAAGGAACUGCUCGUUUGAGGGAGAACAUGUAGGUCAUUGAGCGCCUGCCUGUUUUGAACUUGCAAGCUGCGAUGUCAGGUCCGACAUAUUGGCUGCCUUGCACUGUGCCUUCGUUGCUCCGAGGAAGCCCAUCUUAGAGCAUUGAUCUCUUAAUGCGGCCUAGUGAUCAUGCUGCGAUACGAGCUCUUGCCUUCCUUUUGUAGCGAGCUGGGAUCGAGAGCUCGCAGCUUCUGUGAAGGCUGUGAUGGCUGCGAGCAGAUCAGUGGCUACCCGGCAGGAUGUCAUCGAAGCGUCCUCUCGAAUGAGUUCCAAGACGUGCACGACUGGCGGCGCUACAAGGUCGCCUUGCUGGCCAAUGCAGGAAAGCGCUAUCAUGAGAUGGUGGUUCGUUGUUCCUGCAAGCGAUUGGCUUUCUCGUGUCAACGUGAGGGGUCUGCACAUGAAGGCAACGUGCUGCACGCUGAAUAGCAUGAAGUGAGUCGGCAUUGGCCAUUGGCAUCUCGACGCCGUGCGAGUCACGACCCGCAUAUGUCG